AUGCGGGAGGGACCGAGGCCGGGCUGGCUGCCUCUACGCCGGGAUCGAGCGUGGGGGCUCAGCUGGUCAAGAUCCUGGUUCGCACAGGAUGUUCUGGGCCAGGGUAACUUCGCGUCUCAGCUAGCUCCGCAGUCUCUGAAACGGAACGCCCCCGCCCCGCCCCUGAGCAAGAAGCCCUGCCGGAUACCGCCCGUUAGGCGCGUAUUCCUCUACGGCCGCAGGGCGGCGCAGACGGAAGUACGUCACGUGACGAACAGCGGCUGGCAGAACACUACAUCUCCCAGAAUCCUCUGUGGAGGGAGAGGGCUUGGAUAG